AUGGAACCUACAGCUUCAGGCUUGGAAACGUCACUUUCGGGGAAUGCUAAAUCUCAGUACAUCCGGAACCAUCAAUAUACCAAGAAAAUAGCAGCCUCUUACUACCCCGACAUCCACUACCAUGGCCUAAAUCAACCUGCUCCAGAGCCCAUCGGACCUGGUUCCCAUCAAUUUCGAGAAGGCGAAUUUGUCAGUCCAGGGUUUUUUCAGCACAUCGAUCCGAGUAUCUUUACGUUGCCGCGUUCAGAGGUCGAGUGGACGUACAACAUGCGCCGGACCGCACAACGUAUGUUACCAUUCCUUUACCUCGGACCGUGGAACGCUCUGUCAAACAAGCAGUGGCUGCGAGACGAGGGAAUUACUUUGCUCUUGGGAGUCCGCGACCAACGGCUGGCGCAGUCGCGACUUUUCUCCGGACAGAAAGCCGCUGCCGAAGUGGGGAUUGAAGCGGACUCCUUUGACAUCGUGGACGGCCAAGAUCUUAUCGCCAGAUUACCGGAGACAAUACGGCGUAUCAACGACCAUAUCUAUCCUUCGGCGGGCUUUGCAGCUGGAGCGCCAACUCCCAAAAAGGUCCUUGUUUUCUGCGAAACUGGAAACGGUCUAUCCGCGCUGGUCGUGGUGGCCUACUGCAUGGUGAUGCUUAAUAUGUCGCUGAUCCAGGCGAUGAACUUCAUUCACUCUCAACGGUUCUGUAUUGAUAUGGAGGAUGGCUUAAGGCCGAUGUUGCUGGCAUUCGAGGGGCUUUUAAAGGCGAAGCGGGACGUCGAAAAGGCGAACAAGGCUGCUGGGGCGAAUUUUCUUUUGACCACGCCGGCUAUGACACUCUCUAAGAAGCGAAGCUUCGCAGACCACGAGGAGGACGAUACGAUGGAGGAUGACAGCAUGGACCUGGAGAGGAAGCCUACGGCGCCGUUUCAGGAUCGCUGGGCAUAA